AUGGGGAAGAACACGAUGAUGAAGAGAUCGAUUCGACUGUACUGUGAACGCUCAGGAAACAAGUCCUGGGAAGCAGUUCUCGACCACCUGCAGGGAAAUGUGGGCCUGUUGUUCACAAAGAGCGAUCUCAAUGAAAUCAAGGCUGAGCUGAAAAAGUUCGUUGUGGGCGCGCCUGCCCGAGUUGGAGCCAUUGCACCAUGUGACGUGUUCGUGCCCCCUGGAGGCACUGGCAUGGAUCCCUCCCAGACUUCCUUUUUCCAGGCUCUGGGAAUUGCCACCAAGAUCAACAGGGGCACAAUCGAGAUUUUGAACCAGGUUCAUCUGGUCCAAGAGGGUACCAAGGUUGGCGGUUCUGAGGCAACUCUGCUGGCUAAGCUGGGCAUCAAGCCCUUUGAAUAUGGCCUGAAGAUUAUGCAGGUGUACGAGAACGGCAGCCUGUAUGCUCCUGAAGUUUUGGACAUCACUGAUGAAAUGCUGCUCAGCAAGGCUGAAGUGGCGAUCCGCAACAUUGCAUCGUUGUGCUUGGGAGCGAAUUACCCCACAAUCGUGUCCCUUCCACAUUCAAUCAUCAACGCCUACAAGAAUGUUCUGGCAAUUGCCGUGGAGACCGACUACACUUUCCCGUUGGCAGAGAAGGUGGGAGUUGGUGUGGCUUUGAUUUGCUCAACUUCCAAUUUCAGUCUUGCAAUGGUUUUAGUGGUGCCUGUGUGCUGUCUGCUGCGUGGCGAAUGUGUUCCUUGUGGGGAAACUAUUUUCAACACCUGCACAGAAAGCUCUCUGCUGUUCAGACCUGCGCAAAGCAGUCGAAAAUAUGCAGCGUCGCUCCUGACAAACCUAUAUGCACCAUGGCCACCUCAUUGGUUGUGUUGUCUUGAUACAUGGUACUGUGAUGGUACAAUGAUGGGGCUUUGUUGUGUCCUUAUUCAUCCAACGCACAAUAUUCGGCCCUUAUUGGGUUAG